AUGGCUCUGGCUGGAUUCGGAGUGGAUGGUAAGCGGUGGUCACCAAGAGCGAGAUGGCAUCGUCGGUAUCAACGCUGCUCUGGAUCAUUCUUUCAUCCGACGACAAAGCCAAAAACCGUCCCAGAAGUUUCACCAGAGGAAGAAGCAGUCGUCGAAGGUCGCCAGCACAAGCGGGACAUCGUCCACCUCCGGCGGAGGGCUCGUUCGAGACUGGGGAAUCCUGAGGCCCGUAGGUUCCGAGUGGAGCAACCAUCGGAGCGGGUACGUCGGGAACCACAGAUCCGGCAAGGGCAGGAGCUGUCAGAGCGCGAUGCUGAGCGAGCCAAGGUCAAGACGGAGCUGCAAUUCGGGUGGAAACUUUUAGUACACGGGAUCAAGAGUUGGAGGACAAGUUGGUUAGAGAAGAAAGACGAUCUGCACCCGAUCUCUGUUUGUCAAAGUCGGCAAAGUGUCAGUCAGACACACCGGGACAAGUCAUCAUUCUCGGCAGAUUUACCGGGAAGAAGGUCGAAAGGUCUGUCAGGUUCGCCGGGACUAAAGUCGAUGGAUCCGUCAGGUGCGCCGGGAUUAGUGACAACUCGUCCGUCAGGUCCGUCGGGACAAAAGCCACAGAACGAUGACACAGAGGAUCACGAAGUGACCGUCGGUGGCACCAGCGUCAACUUCCACAAGAAUCAAGCGGCUAGGAUAUCACCAUUAGGACGACCGGAGCCGGCAAGCAAGCAGCGUAUGCACCAGGAUCAGGAGAGAAGCGGUAAGGAGACGGGUUCUCGUGAAGCGUCUUCAACCUCGCCAUUCAAGUUGGCGUGUAACGCUGGGAAAGAAGCCGGAGACCGAACCAGGUCACCCUCACACGGGUUGGGGACGUAACCGUGUUCGAGUUCACCGUCAAGAUGCUGCUUUGUUUUGCAAUGGGUUCUAGAUUGAGUAUGCAAUCAAAAGAUUUCGGCGCGACCGUACGAACUGGUUGUGAGGAAAUUCUGGUAAUACCACACCUUCCUCACGGGUCGGGGAAAUGUUACGGUGAAUUGCGCCGGCCCAUUGUAGCGACGCCGCUGAAGCAGCGCGUCAUAAACAAAGCGUUGCGUAGACCGGUGACAAAUGUCACGAGUGACAUUCGCGACGUGUGUCUGGGGAUGGUUCAGCGAAGAUGGAUGUAAACAAAAGAAAAAGAAUUUUGUACCCGCACGAAACCGCGAUGUGUGCGACAUUGCGGUGCAGUUUGCUUUAAUUUAUUUAUAAUUUUGUGUUGUUAAAAAUGUAAAUUGAAAAGCAGAUCCCAAACUAUCGCUAUCGUGGAGGUUUGGAACCAGCUGCUAAAGGGCAGUGACUAGUAAGAGAGCAGAGCGGGCAAGUGUGACCUGGGCCUGGCGGAAGAAGACCAAUGUAAGCUUAAUUAUACUGACUUGUAAACAUUUUUUAACCAAAUAAAUAUAGCUUUUAGCUCGACAUGCACCCACA